AUGAGUAACGCCGAGACCGAUCGCCCGGUGGCCGCAGGCCCUGUCAUCGUCGCUGAAGAGGGGGAAUGGGAUGAUAGUUCUUCAGACCACGGAUCUAGCUUUGCAUCGUCGACCACCAGCUUGAAUAGCUCCAUCUUCCAACAUCGACUUGAGAAUGGCAGAACUUACCACAAGUAUAAAGAUGGCAAGUACCAUUGGCCCAACGACGAGAAAGAAUCCGAUAGACUGGACCUGCAGCACAACCUGUUUCUUCUUACAUUUCACUUCAAGCUGGGACUCGCCCCGCCCAGUGCGCAAGAUUCUGGCGUCAAGCGCGUACUUGACGUCGGCACUGGCACUGGUCUUUGGGCGAUCGAAUUUGCAGAUGAGCACCCUGGGGCUGAGGUUUAUGGCGUUGAUCUCUCGCCUGUUCAGACGUCAGCAAUUCCUCCCAACGCCAAGUUCGAAGUUGAUGAUAUUGAGGAGCCAUGGACGUACCAUGUGCCAUUUGACUAUAUUCACACAAGGAUGAUGACAUCCAGCGUGUCUGAUUGGAGUAAGCUUUUCAAACAAGCUUUCAAACACCUCGAGCCUGGCGGAUAUCUGGAAAUUCAGGAGGCCGACCUUCAUCCCCAUUGCGACGACGGUACCCUGAAACCAGAUCAUGCAAUGACGAAGUGGCUGAAGCUUCUCGGUGAGGCGAUGGAAAUCUUCGGCCGACCUUUCGUCGACAUCCCUGGUCUCGUAGCCGUCAUGGAAGAAGUCGGAUUCGUCGAUGUGACUAUCGAGACAUAUAAGUGGCCCAUCAACGAAUGGCCCAAGGACCCUCAUUACAAAGAGAUUGGAACCUGGACGCAUGCCAACUUCAUGGAGGGUCUGGAGGCCUGGACUCUGGCACCCUAUACCCGAGCUCUGAACUGGACAAAAGAGGAGGUCUUUGUCUUUCUGACGGAGGUACGUUCCAAUUUGAAGAAUAGGAACAUCCAUGCCUACUGGCCAAUCUACUCAAUUUACGGGAAGAAACCCGUUGAGAAGAAGGCAGAGGAGCCGGCGGCAGAAGAUCAAUUGCAGAUUACGGAUGACAACGCAUCGGAAAGGUUGACGGUAAGGAGUAGUUCGUAUUUGACACCACAAUGGAAGCAAGCGCAUAAUCUUUUCCCGCAGAGUCUCGCAUCUUCAACUCACAGCUUAUCGAGCUCGAUCCUUCAACAUCGCCAUGAGAAUGGAAGAACUUACUACCGUAAAUACAAAGCGGGAAGAUAUAACUACCCUAAUGACGAGCGGGAGAUGGAUAGGUUAGAUUUCCAACAUGAGCUCUUCCUCUUGACCCUUCAUGAUAGACUGGGGCUUGCUCCACCGAACGAGCCAGGCUCGAAGGUCAAUCGCGUACUCGACCUGGGGACCGGUACGGGCAUCUGGGCUAUUGACUUCGCCGAUGAACACCCGGAAGCAGUGGUAUACGGCGUAGACCUUUCGCCUACACAAACGACCGCCGUCCCACCCAACAUCAGAUUUGAGGUUGACGAUAUAGAAGAGACAUGGACAUACCGUGAGCCGUUCGAUUACAUACACUGCCGUGCAAUGACGUCGUCUAUAUCAGACUGGAGGAAGCUCCUCCAGCAAACGUACGACCAUCUCGAGCCCGGGGGUUGGUUCGAAUUGCAAGAAGGUCAUGUCCGACCCUUGUCCGACGACGGGACGCUAACUCGGGAGCACUCACUAUCAAGAUGGGCAGAUUAUAUCGAAGAGGCGUGCAAUAUCAUGGGGCGCCCUUUCGUAAAUGUGCUAUCCCUCGUGGAAGUCAUGAGAGAGAUCGGCUACGUCAAUGUGACGUAUAGUACGUUCAAGUGGCCUCUUAAUACUUGGCCCAAGGAUGAGCAUUAUCAGAUCCUCGGCCAUCUCAAUCAUGAGAGUUACAUGGAAGGGAUUGAAGGCUUCACACUUGCGCCUUUCACUAGGGCCCUCAAGUGGUCACGGGAAGCGAUCGAUAUGUUUCUCGUUGGCGUGCGUAACGAUCUGAGAAACAGAUAUAUACACGCCUACAUUCCCAUUCAGUUGAUACAUGCGCGCAAGCCUGAGAGGUUGAAUAAAGAUUGA